AUGGAGAGAGUUCGACUCCGCUCUCAAGCCCUUCGUUCCCGCUAUGGUCUCCCAGAGAGACCGCGAGUCGACCCUAGAACCCAACCUCGAGUCGAACUCGCUUCCACUUCUUCUGUUCCGACCUCCCGUCCCACCCGCUUCACUGAGCGCAUCCGCAUUCUUGCCGAAGAAGCAGCCGCUCGUUCUGCCAACCGGCGCGCCACUCUUUCGAAACUUGCUGCCUUCAACGAAGUUGUCGCCCGUGUCAGAGCACGAAAACAGUCGACGCCUUCCGCUCCUCCCAAUGACGCCACUCGCCCUGUCACUCGCGCAGAACAAGUCCGUCCGUCCGCUCCUCCUGUCAACGUAGCUCGUCCUGUCCCUCGCUCGGAACAAGCCCGGCCUUCCGCUUCUUCUGUCAACGCCACUCGCUCAGCCACUCCCUCAGUGCAAGCUCGUCUUUCCGCUCCUUCGGUCUUCGACCGUAUCUCCGACCUUCGCGCCGCCCAGGCCGAGCGACGCCGUUGGAUCGACGAGAUGAUCGCUCAGCAAGAGGCACGUGCUUCGACUCGGGCCACUAGUUCCGCUGCCAUUGAGCAAUUCCGAGCCAAGCGUCAAGCACGACUCGCCAACCGAUCCCUCGCGGGACACCUGACAUUACCUCACCCGACCCCGACAAACAGCACUCAAAGCACAGCGAUUCCCGCUGCAGACCUGCGCCGGAGGCCCGCGGCCGAUCGAGAGAGUCUUCAGGACGGUGCCGGAGGAUGGUGGCUUGUGUUGCUGGAACACAUGCGUGUUAACGGUUCUGUGGAUUACCGGAAAAUUGGACGUAGGGGCAACUCCGACAGAUACCACAGACGAAUUGGAUGUGUGCUCUGGCUGGAGGUUGUUGGCAAGCAUUCGAAGCAAGAUACCAAGGACUAUGAUCAUCCGUCGCCAGGUGUUUGGACGAUGCGGGUUUGGUGUGUCGAGGUGGAUGGAUUCUUUGUUCGGGUUGUUGGUCUUGUUUGUUUUCUGUUCGAUGUUUCGCGCUUCGCACAUACGGACUGA